AUGACAUUCGGUCUCAGAAAUGCUUUUCAAACAUUCCAAAGGUUCAUGAACAAGCUGUUCAUGAAUUUGGAUUUCGUUUUCGUCUACAUAGACGAUAUUUGCGUGGCUUCGGUUAACGAAACCGAACACCGGAAGCAUCUUCGCAUAGUUUUCGAGAGAGCUCAAAAUUUGAAGAUUAAUCUCGCCAAAUGCACCCUCGGCCAGCCCGAAAUAAUUUUUCUCGGCCACACGAUUACGGCAGAUGGCGUCGCGCCUCCUAAGGCCAAAACCGAGGCCAUUUGUCAGUUCAAAAAGCCGACAGUAGCUCAUGAGUUACGCCGUUUCUUGGCACUCCUCAAUUAUUAUCGUCGUUUUUUGGCUAAUGCUGCUUACACGCAGGGUAAACUACAAUCUCUUAUUGUCGGAAAUACAAAAAAAGACAGAACGCCAUUGAUCUGGACUGAAGAGGCGUCCCAGGCGUUUGAACAAUGCAAGUCUGAUCUGGCUAAGGCCACACUGCUGGCACAUCCUUUGCCGAAUGCCCAACUGAUUUUAAAUGUUGAUGCCAGCAAUUUUUCGGUUGGUGCAGUUUUACAACAGCGAGUGGACGAAAUAUAUGAACAACGAGCGCCGGGCCUAAAUCGAAGUUUAGAUGCCAUCAAUCGAAAAUUUAAGCACAAUAUUUGUAGCGGAAAAACUGUUAGCCAUGAUCAGGUAAACAGAACAAAAGCGGCAACUCCUGGAACAGAAACCAAACAGCGCCAACUACAACUUGGCGUACAAAGGCAGAAGGAUAUACAACAAAGUAGUGAUGAAAGUGAAAUAGAGUGUGGUUCACUUUUUACUUGCGGAGACCUACUCACCGAUCAGCCACUUACAGAUAAUAUCGUCAUAGAAAACCAUUUUAUUGAAAGAAAUGCUGGCUUAUGUCCUGGACAAUAUCAAACGGAACGUAUACAGCACCAAACAUAUAAUUUCGGGACACAAUAUCAAUUGUAUGAAAGCAGCGGGGUCAAUAGUGGUUGCACAGAUCCAUGGCUUAAUGAAAUAGAUCGAGUUUUGGAGGUUGAACGAAAAUUUGGUAGAAAGAGGAGUUUUAUCAACAACUAUAAACAAGCUCAGUUAAAUGGAAGUUUAAUAAGAAGAUCACCGAAAGAUAAUACCGAAGUCCCGUCAACAUCAAUAACUUCCAACAGUUCCAGCCAAAUUUACAAAACAGCAAUCCCCGAUAAUCACAAUAGUGCUAUAACAUUUAAGGCAAACAGUAAUCAAAGUAAUAAAAGUAUCCUUGCAAACAAUUUUCAAAAAUCUAAUAAAAGCGGUAAUGAAGGCUUAGUAUUAAGUAGACAAUUUUGCGCAAAAGAAGAUAAACCCCAAGACAAAAAUUUGGAUUCAUCAUCUGUUAAGCGAAUUAUAAGCAAUUCAAAAGUAACAUCAAGUAAAUCCAAAAAUGAAAACAACGAUAUUACAAAAGCCAACAGCAACAGAAAAGGACGUCAAAAUCAUAAAAAACGCAGCGAUAAUUUAGUAAAUGUGUGUAAUUCAACGAAUGCAAUUUUGAAGAGCAGCGGAAGUAGCAGCAGUAGUAACGACUACAAAGGCAUUAACAGUAAAAGUAGGAGUAGUAGUAGUAGUAAUAGUUGCAAUUGUGAUAUAACGGGUGAUAGCAGUACGUUGUAUGGUUUUGGCAUUGGUGUAUUAAGCAAUUUUAUUGGAGACGGUGAUUUUGCCAAUAUCAGUGGACAGCAUCAACAAUUGUCAAUACACCAUUCUCAACUAGGAGAGUUCUGUCAAUAUAGUCAAAUUGACGAGCUUAGAUGGGGCUUACAGCAGCAGACCUAUCUAAAAAAAACAAACAUUUUGCACGGUCAAUCAAACAACGUUUUGGAAAUAGUUUCUCCAGUUACAAGAACUCAACGAAGAAAUGCUUCAAUAAAUCAAACGACUUUAAGACACGGUUCGGACGAUGUCACCGAUUGCGAAAGUUGUAGCGAGCUGCAGUUAUUAAGUUCAAACGACUAUAAAGACUAUGAAGGUGCUAGUUUUGAAAAUAAUACUGCCGAUGAAACAAGGGAAACUCUACAUAUAAAAGUUUCUGCAGAAAACACAAAAUCAAAAAAACCACCGAAUUCUAGUGACAUAAAAAAACAAUACCAUUGUGGAAGCAAAUUCGAACCUACUGAUCAUUCCUCUCAUCCAUUAAUAAAGUUGUAUGAAAGUGAAAACUACCCUGAUAAUUGUUUUAAUGUAACUAGAAAUUUCAUCACUGACAAGUGUCAUAAAAGGAUUUUUAGUAAUAUGGAUCUGGGAAGCAGUAGAGAACAAACCGGUAGGGUUGAUGGGGGUGCAAUUAAGCGAAUAAAUAAUAAUGGCAUAACAAGCAUUGAAAAUUACGAUAACGAGCGGACAGGCGCUACUCUUACAAUGGCAAAUGGUCCAAUAGGCGCUGACAGUCGUCUUGGAACUUCAAACAUUCCUGAAACGAUAAACGGCACAACUAUUGGUGGGGGAAUCAAUCAACAAAAGACAGCAACUACACAAAAGCGGCAGCAAAGACGGGGAGGGAAACCACAACCUGAUCGACCUCAACGGGUUUUAUUUUGUUUAAGUGUAAAAAAUCCAGUUCGCUCCUUAUGCAUCAGUAUAGUCGAAUGGAAACCAUUCGAAUAUUUGAUUUUAUUAACUAUUUUUGCAAAUUGUGUUGCCUUAGCAGUAUAUACUCCGUAUCCAUACAGUGAUUCGAAUGUGACUAAUCAAGCGUUGGAAAAAAUUGAAUACGUCUUUUUAGUAAUAUUUACGGCGGAAUGCGUUAUGAAAAUUAUUGCAUACGGAUUUUUAUUACAUUCUGGCUCAUAUUUAAGGAAUGGUUGGAACAUUUUAGAUUUUUUUAUUGUGGUUAUAGGUGAUGACACUUGA